UAAAGAGCAGAACCAUUAUCUAGGAUUUCACUGAGAUUUUGAACUCCGAGAUACAGAGCGAAUGGCUUCCCAAGAUCAUCAUUCCCAUGACCAUGCUCACGAUCAUGCUCACGAUCAUCACCACCAUCAUACCCAUGAGGGACCUCACGAUGGUUCAACAUCAUGGGUAGGUGCUGAUGGUAAAGUGUAUCAUAGCCAUGAUGGACUGGCACCACACUCACAUGAACCCAUUUACUCACCUGGGUAUUUUAGCAGAAGAGCUCCUCCCCUUUCCAACAGAGAUUUCAAUGAGCGAGCUUUCACUGUUGGCAUUGGUGGGCCGGUCGGAACUGGGAAAACAGCUUUAAUGCUGGCAUUAUGCAAACUCUUGCGUGACAAGUACAGUCUUGCUGCAGUAUGUAUCAUCUGGUUCAAUGUUUUAGAGACUUCUUCUGUAUCCUGUUAAGAUUUCCCAAUUUUGGAUU